UCAAAACAUAUCCUUAAAAACUAACUACAUCAACCUGGAGAAAUCUUUGCUGAAACCUCUUUGACAUAAGAAGAUAAUCAACACUGAGACAAAGGGAGACACAUUUUCGUAUUUCUUUUCCAACAUCUUUUAUUCAUUUGAUCCUGGGGGUGGAAAAAACGUCUUGCUGGAACUGCAGUUAAGAUAACAAAGAUUUUCUGUGAAACAAGCUUUGGAGCCUAUGGAGCUUUUGAAUGCUGUUGACAAUAGCUCUUUUCUGUGACUUUUAGAAAGAAUACAUUCUGCAGUAAGCAACUGCUACUAUAAAGUGUGCUGAUCUUGUUUAUGAAACAACCAAACUGAAUCAAAUAAUCAGGCAAUUUUUAUUGUUUUGCCUACUGAUUCAAUACAUUUAUAUUCUAAAUAUGCAGCCAAUUCUAUUUCGUUACCAUCCUACGUCGUUACGUAAUUGUACGAGAGAGAGAGUGCCGCGCAUGCGCCAACCAGUUGUGCAUGCCUUGCCGCCGCCAGACAACGUGUUCGUUCCACUCGUGGUUUUUCUCGUCGGAUUUCUGCAGCUUGAACAGAUAAGUUUUCAUAUUUGUACUCAAGUUAAUUUCUCUUUCUUUUACCGAAACCAUGUCUUCUGAUGACCUCGAUAUUGAGAUCUCAGAAGAGCCAUCUACAGUUCCCAAGCCUGAUUUGACCUUUGAUCCGAAUCUUCUCAUGACUUUGAUGUCUCAGAUGGAGCAAAGGUUAAGUGAGAAUUCAAAAAUUCUGUCAUUUUUGGUCGAGAAAGACACAAACUUUUCCGUUUCAAAUGAAGCAUUUGACCCCGCAUGUAAAAAGGCAAAAUUGGGUCUUAAUCCCUCAUUUGCAGCUUCCCCGAAAGCACAUCCUGCCGCAUCACUGAAUGCAAUUUCAGCAGCUACAGAGAUAGCAACAGCCACUGCUGCAGAGACAGCAACAACUUUCCUUGCUGCAGAGACAGCAACUAAUGGGAUGGGAUCUCCCAUCAUUGACCUAUCAAAUGCUCGUCCCUCAGAGGAGGAUGCCUUAAGUCUAUUUGGAAGGGCGGAAUUUGAUCCUUCUGAUCCAUCAGAGAUGGAAAAUGAGGCCCUACUGACCUCAAUUGAUAAGGCCUUACUGCCAUCCACAGAGAAAGGCCCACCUAUUUCUGCCCAGCUGGCAAAAAUUAUCGAUGGAAAAUUCGGCACAGAAUUUGACCUGUCCAAACGGAAAGAAAUUUUGGACAAAUAUCACUCUCCUGAAAAUUGCCAAACACUUUUUUCACCGAAGAUAAAUCCGGAGAUCUGGGGUAAAUUAAACCCUAACUCUAAACGGAAUGACAUAAAAUUAUCUGUUUUGCAAGAUGGCCUAAUAAAGGCCACAUCAGCAGUCUCUGUUGCAGUAAGUGACCUCCUUUUUGCCUGUUUUAAUUGGUCACGUAAACUCACUUUUAAACGCAGGGACUCCCCCAGACCCCAUCUUAGUGCAAAAUUUAAGCAAGUCUGUUCCAGGAAUGUUAAGCUUGGCAAUUUUAUUUUUGGGAUGAUCUGCCUGAAACAUUAAAGCAAAUGAGGGCUACUAACAGAAUUGUUAGCAGCGCUACCCCAUUGUUAUCUUCAGGUUUUUCUGCCCCUCGAAGUUAUGGCCCAAGAACAGCCGCAUCCCAGUACCAUCAUGGUAUAGCACCAACUACUCCACGUAACUCUUUUUUAGGGUAUCGGGGGAGGCUGCCAUACAAUCCCCGCCAAAACAAGCGGCAGCAGCAGUUCACAAAAAAGAAGUUUAUGAAGAACUAAUUAAAGCUAAAACACAGGGAUUGACACAUCAAAGUUUACUGCCCAUAGCACGAGGGCUGCCUCAUCGUCUUACCUGGUCAGUAACAAUGUGGGCAUAGAUGAGAUAAUGAAGUCUGUGGGAUGGUCAAGUGAGGGUGUCUUCCAACGCUUUUAUAAUAAACCGUCAGAAGAUCUCUUCAAUUUUGGGGACGCUGUACUAGAAACAAUUCAUCGCGUUGACACAAAUUAAAAACUUGAUCUUUAGCUUAUAUAUUUUUGUUCUAUAUUGCUUAUAAUCGUUAUAUAAUUGUUUUCCAAUGUAAUUCCAUAAUUAAUUUUUAUCCCUGACGAUACAAGGGUACAGAAAUAUAUUGGUUACUAUUUCUGUCUAGUGUCUUCUUUAACAGUCUUGCAAUGUCACCUCUAAAAUCUCGUACAAUUAUGUAAUGACGUAGGCUGGUAACGAAAUAGAAUUUAAAAUUAACCGAUACUUACCUGUAAGUUGAAGGUUGAUUGCAAUUUUAUGAGUUACCAGCCAGGAGUGAAGGAGUUGUACGCCCUCCCAUAUUGUAACCCCA